AUGCCCUUCAGGGGUACCAAUGCCAAAACACCUGAAACAAACGCAAGCCUGGCUGGACCGCAUGUUAUUGAAGAGAGCCUGGUUCAACUGAGAUGUCACUUUGCAUGGGAGUUGCUAUUUGAAGACACUGAAAUGCCUGAUUUAGAAAACAAGAUCUUUUUCCUAUUUUCUAAACAAACUACUGGCCUAUGUGAAAUAUCUGAAAACCAGGAAGCCCUGGAAAGCCUGAAGAAAGCCGAGGACCUAAUCCAGCAGGAACAUGACAUCCAAUCAGAUGUGAGAAGUCUGGUCACAUGGGGCAACUAUGCCUGGCUGUAUUACCACAUGGGCAGACUGGCAGAGGCCCAGGCUUACCUGGACAAGGUGGAAAACACUUGCAUGAAGUUUGCAGCUUCCUCCUGCUAUAGGAUGGAGUGUCCCCAGAUGGACGGCGAGGAGGGCUGGGCCUUGCUGAAAUGUGGAAGGAAGAACUAUGAUCGGGCCAAGGCCUGCUUUGAGAAGGCUCUGGCAGAGGACCCUGAAAACCCUGAAUUCAGCACCGGGUAUGCAAUCACCAUGUACCGCCUAGACAGCUUUAACAUGACUACAGAGGCUAGUGAGGCAUUCUGCCUGCAGCCCCUAAAAGAGGCCAUCAGGCUAAAUCCAAAAGAUGUGUAUAUUAAGGCUCUCCUUGCCCUGAAACUUCAGGACCUGGGACAAGAAGCUGACGGAGAAAAGUACAUUGAAGAAGCACUGAACAACACAUCCUCCCAGACCUAUGUCUUUCGAUACGCCGGCAAGUUUUACCGUAGGAAAGGCUGUCUGGAUAAAGCUCUUCAGCUCCUAAAAAUGGCCCAGCAGGCAACACCCUCCUCUGCCUUCCUGCAUCACCAGAUAGGGCUUUGCUACAAGGCAUUCAUGAUCAAAAUAAAGAGAGCUGCAAACUGGCAGCGCAGAGGUCAGGAUAGAGAAAAUGUCCACAGACUGGUUCACUUGGCUAUAUAUGAAAUUGAAAAGGCUUUGAUGUUAAGGCCCACAUUUAAGUUUGCUUAUAUUGAACUGGCCGGCAUGUAUGCAGAAAUGGGGCAAUACACAAAGGCUGAGGACACUUUUCAGAAAGUGCUGUACAUGAAGAACAUUGACGAUCAUCUACAGCAACAGAUUCAUUACCAUUAUGGCCAUUUCCAAGAACAGGACAAGGAAUCUGCAGAUAAAGCAGUCACCCAUUACUUAAAAGGUCUCAAAAUCAAAACAACCUCCCGCACCAGGGAGAAGAUUCUUACUACCUUAGAGAAGUUGGCUAAAAGAUGUGUUCAUCAGAACGUACAUAUGGUGGAAAGUUUCAGCAUCCCUGGGUUCAUCCACAAGUUGAAAAGGGGGAGCAAAGCCCUGGAGUGUUAUGAGAAGGCUAUUAGCCUGGUUGCUGACUUCAACAGGGUGAUUUGA